CGCUCGUUUCUCAGCCCGCGAGUAAAGUCAGUCAGGUUGGAUCUUGUUCAUUUCGCUUACAGUCCCUUCGGUGUAGACUAGUUGUGCAGGGAGGAGAGAGCACAGUUGUGAAAGUAAAGGGUCAAGGGACACUCAUUCUUCAAAUCAGUUGGUUGUCAAUAAGUCGUGUCCAACAAUUGUUUUGAUUGAAGUUUUUUCAGUUCGGUUGACUAUUUUGAAUUCGGCAAAGAGAUGGCCGCCAUGGUAAGUGGAGCUACUUCCAACAACAGCAGAAGAUCUUCGAGCAAUAAAGAGAACCAAAAGGUGAAAGAGAAGGAGGCAGCUCCCCCAAAGGUCGCCCCCGCUCCGCCGGUCGCUACGCAAGAUGACGAUGUCGACGACGAAGGUGGACCGCAGCUGCUAAAAACUUUAGAGGGUAACGGAAUAACCUCCGGUGACAUUAAAAAACUUCAAGAAGCUGGCUUUCACACGGUUGAGUCUGUGGCGUAUGCCCCUAAGAAGGCACUUAUUGCUGUCAAAGGGAUCAGUGAGACGAAGGCUGAUAAAUUGCUGAUUGAGUCCAUAAAAUUAGUGCCAAUGGGAUUUUCUACUGCGACGGCAUUUCAUCAGAAACGUGCAGAUAUUAUCCAGUUAACCACGGGAUCUAAAGAGUUGGACAAGUUGCUCGGAGGUGGAAUUGAGACCGGAUCCAUCACGGAACUAUUUGGCGAAUUUCGCACAGGCAAAAGCCAGAUCUGUCACACGCUCGCGGUUACAUGCCAGUUACCAUUGGAUCUGAAUGGUGGAGAGGGAAAGUGUUUGUACAUUGACACGGAAGGGACUUUUCGUCCUGAACGACUGCUAGCCUGUGCUGAACGAUAUGGCUUGACCGGGUCGGAAGUAUUGGACAACGUGGCCUACGCCAGAGCUUACAACACGGACCACCAGACAAAUCUCUUGCUCCAAGCUUCAGCUAUGAUGACGGAAUCGCGAUACUGCUUGGUGAUUGUGGACAGUGCAACGUCCUUGUAUCGAACGGACUACUGCGGCCGCGGAGAGCUUUCCGCUCGACAAAUGCAUUUGGCUCAAUUUUUGAGGAAACUUUUACGAAUGGCGGACGAGUUUGGAGUUGCUGUUGUCAUUACAAAUCAAGUCGUUGCUCAAGUUGAUGGAGGUGCAAUGUUUCAAGCUGACCCUAAAAAACCUAUCGGAGGUCACAUCAUGGCACACGCUUCCACCACUAGAUUGUCGCUUCGCAAAGGAAAGGGAGAAAAUCGAGUGUGCAAAAUUUAUGACUCCCCCUGCCUACCAGAAUCUGAGUGCACAUUUUCCAUCAAUGCUGAUGGAAUUGGAGAUGCUAAGGAGUAACUUCAGUCACGAUAUAUAUCUACAUUCAACCAACCAGCUAGAAAUUGCUCAUGACUGAACCCCUUCAACAUCCCUCCCUAUCCAAAUUCUUGUCAUAUUCCAAACUAACCUAAUAUGUAAUUACUAAAUAUUUCUGAUGAGUAUGUUUCCUUUCAAUUUGUUCAACCGAGAAGACCAAGAGUGGUGCUGUCGUCGUUCUUGCUUACAAUAUUUAUUCAUUUUAGAAUUUAACCUUAUAUGGAAGUGAAGAUAUGUCGUUUUCUAAUAUUUUACACUGCCAGCCGACUAAAAGACCGUACGCAUAUUUUAAAAUGUAUAUAAUCUUUGUGCUUUCUUUUUGUUGUGAAUAUAAUAAAUUAAGCUCAACAUAAACACUUA